AAUACGACAUCUAAUUGGAUUGAAUCAUUAAAUGGUAAAAUGUGUCAUAAUUAUAGAGGACAAUUGACACAAACAUUUAGUGUUAUAAGCUACAAGUUCAUACAUUGAGGACAUUGGAUGAGGCAUAGGAACAUUAAGUGAAUCCUCCAUCUAUAAAUGCAUGUGAAUAAAUUGAGGACAGUAACUGAGGCAAAGAGACAUUAAGUGAAACCCCCAUCUAUAAAUAUGUGAAAUCAUUGACAACAGAUGAGGCAAAUAGGUAUUAAGUGAUUCCUCCAUCUACAAAUGCAUUUGAAUAUAUUGAGGAGAGUAACUUAGGCAAAGAAACAUUAAGUGAACCCUCCAUCUAUAAAUAUAUGUGAAUACAUUGAAACAGAGGAUGAGGCGAAGAUACAUUUAAUGAAUCCUUCAUCUUUAAAAUACAUGUGCUCCUUGGAUUAGAGUGGAUGGAAAUCAGACAUGGCCAAAUGCGGCUUCCCAAAACAAGGGGAUUAUCGUGUAGAGUAGAGGAGAUUAAAGGCAAGACUAAUGGUAUUCUGUAUACCUCAAGAAGGAUGAUUAUAUCAUUUGUUCUUAAUGUGAACAUAUUCAAAUAUUGUGAAACUUGUUAUUCGGAUGAUAAUACGAUGUGUUCUUAACGCGUACAUGGUCGUAAAAAUGUAAAAUUCGUGAUUCUUCUAUGGAAAAGAUUGGUGUGUUUUUAAAAAUACUAUUAAAGCUGGAUUAGAAAGUUUCCAAAAGUGAUUUUCUUCGUCUAAGAGUGUGUGAGCUACUGAUAUUAACGAGCAAGAGAACGUUCUUGAAUAAAAGUGGUCGGGGUUGUUUGGUGCAAAAGUGUUCAAGGUUCGUCAUGAAUGGGUGUGGGAAUAGAUGACGAAGUCCACUAAUACAAGACCUCAAAAUGAUGUUGUUAUGAUGCGUUUUUGAAUAAUGCUAUGCAAAGGAGCAUGCAUCAACGCAUCUGAAAUAUUUGAUGUUAAAUUUGGCAUGCGAAGAGAUUUCAGAGUACUAUAGUUUGACACCGAUAAACCUAUUUCGCCAUCCUUACUGAAGAAUUUGAUAGAGCCGUAAGAAAUUCAUAAAUACUUAAUAUUAGAAAAUCACGUUGUAGAUGAAAAUAAUGCAGUUUUAAACUCUUGGAAUUCUUGAGACGCAUCUUUUACAUUGGAGAUUGGUAUUUAUCGUGUAAUUACUGAUCUUGGGGAGAUCCAUGAGUUACGACAUAUACAUCAAGUCUGUUGUAAUAUUACACACUCGUACAGAACAUCGGAGGAAAUAUCUUGCCGGUGUAUUGAACUUCAUUUGAUACGAUCGAGUCUUCACGCGUCUUGUUUAUUAUUAGAAACACUUUUCUGAUACAUAAAAAUAAUAAAAGCUCAUCGUACCGUAUAUCGCUGAUCCCUUGAUAUCGGAGCAGGCAUGACGUAGAACGAUGGUGGGUGGACGCCGUGACGUCACAGAUGGACAUCUUGUAGAGCCUUUGCUGACGUCACAAUGAACAUACAGGCCUUCUAUGCAUUCCUUUAUUUCUACCUCAUGUGUCCUGCGGAUAUUAUCGGACUGUGGUGGGCUGUGGGAAGCCCGCUUGUUCUAGAGCCCAACAAAAUAUGCCGAAAAAAUCGGAAACUCUCCGGAAAACAAAGGUAUAUUUGUCGGCGGGAAAAGGAAAUUGUGGAGGAGGCGGUCAAUGGUGCCCGGCUUGCGAUCGCCGAGUGCCAAUAUCAGUUCCAGACCCGACGUUGGAACUGCACGACCGCAAGGAAGUCAUUCGCCAGGAUCCUGAGGCGAGGUACGCAGGGCGGAGAUACAAGAGAGACUGCAUUCGUAUACGCUAUAACGGCCGCGGGUGUAGUUUAUACGGUGACAAGAGCGUGCAGUCGUGGUUCCCUGCUGCAGUGUACGUGUGAUAACAACGUACGCGACAUAACGUCAGACGGGGAGUGGGAAUGGGGAGGGUGCCACGAUGACGUCGAUUUUGGAUACAUGAAGUCGAAGGAAUUUAUGGACGACAGGCGAAAAAAGAAGAAAGGAGAUUUAAGAACGAAAAUACGUUUGCAUAACAAUGAAGCGGGAAGAUUAGCAAUACGGGAGUACAUGACCAGGGAUUGCAAAUGUCAUGGACUAUCUGGGACAUGUGCGUUACGAACUUGUUGGCGGCGUAUGCCGAACUUCCGGGAUACUGGGACGCGAUUAAAAGAUAAAUUCGACGGCGCUUCAAAAGUAACAAUAUCGAAUGAUGGAAGGAGCCUAGUGACUGAAGACGAUACGAUAAAACCUCCUUCCAAAGAGGAUCUUUUGUACACAGAGCAGUCUCCCAAUUUUUGCAAACCUCGAAAGAGAUACGGUUCACUAGGCACGCAAGGGAGACAAUGUGUUCCUGACUCGAUGGGACUUGAAGGCUGUACGCUUAUGUGCUGCGGUCGAGGGUACACACAGACGCAAGUUACUGUGCAAGAAAACUGCAAGUGUCAAUUUAUCUGGUGUUGCCAAGUGAUUUGUAAAACGUGUACCUCGAUCAAAACAAUAACGCGGUGCUUGUGAAAAUGGAUGGAUUUAUAAUAUGUUGCGGAUAAUUUUCUGUGUUUGCAAUUAACACCACGACGUCUAGACGUUAUUGGUUUCUUUUCAUUAUUAUAUAAUUAACGCCAAGCGUUAGGUCGUAGCAUGAAGCGGGAUUUAUUGUGCAAGAACUUAACAUGUGUGUUUUUGUGUCUGUAGUUACUAAUAUAACCCCAUACGAAAACAUCCAUCAGUUGUAUGCACCAGGGUGGUAUUCAAUAUUUUCCUUUAGUUUAAGUUUGGCAUUAAUACAAUUUAUGAUUCAACAAUAAUUGCGUGUUGACCUGAUGAAAUAGAACAACAAAACAGCAGUUGUAUACACACAGGGUGGUUUCAAUAUUGGUUAUGGUUUUACGAAUAAGUUCAGUCAAUACAAUGCUUUACUCUAUUACACUAGCUUGUAUUCAUAAAAUGAUAUAAUCUACAAAAAUGUGGCUUAAAUAGGUCGAUAAGUAACAGAAAUAUAUAAAGCCAAUUUUAAAAAACCAGACAAACAAUCAUUAAGAGGCCUAGUUACUGAAGACGAUAUGAUACAGCCUUCUUCCAAAGAAAACAUUUUAUAAACUGAGCAGUCUCACAAUUUUUGCAAACGAAGAAAGAGAUACGGUUCACUAGGGACUCAAGGGAGACAAUGCGUUUCUGACUCGAUGGGACUCGAAGGUUGUACACUUAUGUGUUGCGGUCGAGGGUACACACAGACGCAGGGAACUGUGCUAGAAAACUGCAAGUGUCAAUUUAUCUGGUGUUGCCAAGUGAUUUGUAAAACGUGUACCUCGAUUAAAACAAUUACGCGGUGCUUGUGAAAUUGAAUAGAUAUUGAAGAUAAUAUUCUGUGUGUUACAGUUACACCACGACGUGUAGACUUAAGUUUUUUCAUCAAUAUAUAAUUUACGCCAAGCGUAAAGCGGUAGCCUGAAAAGGUCUUUAUUGCGAAGUGCAUAACCAAACUCCACACAGCGGUUACUUCCCUUUGUCGUACAGUAACCACUGAAACUAUGCAUGUCAUGUGAUACUUAUCGAAAGAACGUGAUGUCAUUCAAAAAUGUGAAUGUUUCCUUUAUUAGAAAAAAAUAUAUAAUAAUUUAACUUCGAACGCAACGUUAUUUAAGGAAUAUCAAAUAAAAUAUUGGUUUUAUACAUGUAAACAACACACUAUUUAUUAAAAAAAGGCUAAAAUCAAGAUAUUUAAGUACCAAACUCCACACAGUGUUACUUCCCUUUCCAGUACAGAAACUUAUGUCACGAUUCAAAUCACAUGACCGUGAGUAAAUAUCACGUGACACAUAGAUAAGGAUUGUAAACUAUUUUCGAUUUUGAUUUCUUUCUCGUAUUUCAACCUUCCUUGAUUAAUUGAAAUGUAUAAAACUAUCUAAAACAGAGAAAAAAUGACAUUUAAAAAAGGUGUAUACAGCUAUUAUCCAGCUAUACUCGCUCAUGGUGGCAGAGAUAUAUUCUGCUUGUCAGGGGAGAUCACUUCGUAGAAGAUUGUUUUCGUCCGAGGUGACAGAUAUCUUCUGUGCUAGUCAUGGGAGAUCACUACGUAGGCGAUUGAGCUACUCCUAUAUAAAGAAACAUCAACAUGACCUAGUUAUACAAAAAACAACAACAAUUAUGUCGGAAAGCAAACUUAAGCCUUUAAGGCUAUCUGAUUGGAUUGUUAUUUUAACUGUCAAAUCAGUUAAUAUAUAAAUUCAGUCGGGGACGUAUUUUAUGGAUUAACAUUUAUUGUAAAACCGGCCAUGGUGGUUUCAAUAUUGGUUUGAAUUAGUUUAAAUACAAUUUAUUAUUUAAUAAUAUUUGGAUAUUUAAACGAUGGAAAAGGAACUAAAGGGCCAAGAUAAAUGAGGAACUGAUGUUAAUUAAUACGUUUCUCAUUAUUUUAAUAAAUAUGAAUGUUUCUGUUACCAUGGUUUGACAUUCAGACAUUCACAUAAGCAUGAAUAGGCUUGCCUUGCGAUGCACAUUGGUGAAAUCGGGCGAUUAUGUCAAAGAUGGCUCUGAUAUCAUCAUGUACAUAGUAAACACUUUAACAAUAGAUAUUCACUGAUUUCUCGAUAGGCACUGAUCUUUUAUACAUGUAUCUCCACAUACACAAAACGACCUUGACCUACAAAAUCAGAAAAAAUCACACUGCUGCCGGUACUAAGAAUUUUACGCAUAGAUAUACAUAUAUACUGUCGUCUAAAUUAGAGUAGGUUCUAGGUGAAGUCAUUUUUCAUUUAGUCGUGUCUAAAAGACAUCAAGCAUGUGUUAGAAAUAUCUUUAAUCUUAAAACGUGUCGUACAUGUAUAAAAUCACGUCUCUAAUAAAAUGUGUGACGUCGUCUGCGAAAAUGAGUCGCGUUGGGGAAAUGUUCACGUGAACUAUAAUAAACGAAUUUAAUCAAGUUAUAUAAUUUCUUAAUAAAUUUUAAACCAUGUUAAGAAUUGAAUAAGAAAACGUUUUGCAAUUUUUUUUAAAAAUAACUCUUAUUUUCCGCCUUUUGGGCUCGAUUAUUACAGUUUGACAGUUUGAUUAUUAUUAGUUGUUGAUUUUUGAAAAAUAAUAGUUUCAGUUUUAAUAUAAAUAACAUUGAACGUUGUCACAAUCUUCAAAACUUGUCUUACCUUUAUAUUUUAGAAUAUGCAAAUGUGAACUAUUUUUCUGGAUGACGUCAUAUAUGCGUUAUUGGUAAGGCCUUAGCGGUUAAUUAGAUUAGACUUAUGAUGAUAAGUAAUAACAUUUGAAAUGUGACGGCCAUGUUUGAUAAGAAUUGAAGAGAAAUUCACAAUUUCCAUUGCUUUUUUGUUUUAUUUCCAAAGAAAAUAAAUAUGUUGGAUAAAAGAGAAAAACAAUCUGAACAGAUUCUUGAUGUAUGAAUUCCAUUUAUGCAUUGUUAUAUGAAAUAAAAUCUAUAAUUUUCAA